CCAUCCACCUGGACCCCCCGAGGUGCUGGAGAAAGGACCUGGAGGUUGUGUCUUCCUGGUCGAAUGUACUUAUUAGUACUUCACAGCAGGAACACAAUACCAACUGCUCCAGUACAGUCGGAUGUCAAACAGACCGUCCACAGACUGUUUGUGUGGGAACUCAGAGGGUUGAGACACGGUCUGUGGGAACACAGACAGUGGAAUGUAAAGUGUCCGCCAUUUCUGUUGCUACACAGUUGGCCCGGGGAACACUGAAAUCGGCACACGUGAGAAGCAAAGGCAUCCAGGCCACGGUGUCUUUCAAAAGUGUUGGCAUUAAAACUUCCACCUACACAGAAAUCCCCUUGUCCUCUACACCAAUAAAGAGCCCAGGAUUGGGACCUAGCAAGAGACCUCGACUAGAGUUGGAGCAGGAACAAGGAGAGACUUCGAUUGAAUUUGAAGAGACUCUGGAUUCGAGUUACCACCCUGAUGAUACUGUAGAAGAAUCUGACGUAUCACUUCAGACACGAUCCACGCACAGUGGAUACAUUGUACAUACAAAGUACAUUGUGUUUGAAAGCUGCCCCGGACAGCUGUUUGAAAAAUGUCCGUUUUGUAAGACAGACUGUGAUGUCCAAAAACGAAAAAAUGGGACUUUUGUGGCGUUCAAACAGCGUUGUCCAAACUGCACUUACUUCAGACAAUGGGAGAGCCAGCCCAUCAUUGGAAGUACCCCGGUUGGCAACUUACAAUUAUCUGCUGCUACAUACUUCACUGGUGCUUCCUUCUUCCAACUAAAAAAGAUAUGCAGAGCCAUGCAGCUGAAGAUUUUCCAGCAACUACACCACCAGGGGGGAAAGGUCACAGUUGCAGGAGAUAUGAGAGCAGACUCUCCAGGCCACUCAGCUAAGUUUGGGAGCUACACACUAAUGCACCUGGGAAGCAACACCAUUGUGGACUUCCAGCUUGUUCAGAGCAAUGAAGUAGGUGGUAGUUACCACAUGGAAAAGGAGGGACUCAAAAGAUGCCUAGAUCAUCUGGAGUCAAACGAUUUGGCGGUAGAGUACAUUGUGACUGACCGUCAUCCACAGAUCCAGAAGUUUCUGAGGGAACGCAACAUAGAACAAUUCUAUGAUGUCUGGCACUUUGAAAAAGGUUUGUCCAAGAAACUUGUGAAACUUUCACAGAACAAGGACUGCAAGUUGUUGAAGAGGUGGCUGCAGAGCAUAAAAAACCAUGUGUACUGGAGUGCGACGAGCACAACCUCGGGGCCGGAGAAGGUGGCAAGGUGGACGUCAGUGGUCAACCACCUACAAAACAUCCACGUGCAUGACGACCCCCUAUUCCCCAAGUGUGAACAUCCUGAAAGAGCCACAACGGAUGAAAAUAAAUGGCUAAAACCUGAUUCAAUAACACUCCACAAAGUUGAGAAAAUACUCAACAACAAGAGAGUUCUCAAAGAUGUGCAAAAGCUAAGCCAUCACUACCAGACCUCAUCCCUGGAGUCGUUCCACAGCUUGAUUCUGCGUUUUGCCCCCAAAAAUGUGGUUUUUCCCUUCAUGGGAAUGUUGUGCAGGUUGUGUCUAGCAGCCAUGCAUCACAAUGAGAAUGCUGACCGUGAGCAAGCCACAACAGCUGCAGGACUACCUGUGUACAGAUUGGCCUAUCCAAAAUCAAGGAGGGGAGAAUGCACCGCAAAGCCUGUAAAGAAGGAGCCUACAUACAUGUACGUGGGUGAGCUGAUGAGGCUGGUGUUUGAAGAAGUCUUUGAGGACCCAACACCCUUUGUGGAGGAGAUGAAUAAAAUCAACAUCCCAAAGGACCUGUCCACUCAAUUUGACAGGCCCUCAAAGGAGGAAGUGGUAGCCCGCCAUGUCUCACGUUUUAGUCUAGGGGUGGUCGGAAGCCCACGUACUGUCCAGCCAGAUCAGGGAACUCCUGGCGUAUCCGGCGGACCACACACGACGGGAUGACCACUCUGAUUCCUCGUCCCAAAAAGCCCCAGCACCAGCUUACGAAGCUGCGAUAGGCCAGAUGCCUAAAACGCCUAUAAGAGGAGGAAUGGAUGAUAACAUAUAUGUGCUGUCCUGUUUUUCACCCUUACCCUCUGGCUGCUUGAACAACUGAAUUUCCCCACAGGGAUUAAUAAAGGUCCAUCUUAUCUCAUACAGUGUAUAUAUACACAUGAUCAAUUUGUACAUUUAUCAAAAUAAAGUUUGAUGGAACUACUU